AGGUGAAGUAGCACUGGGGCGUUGGCAAGCUCGCGCAAAAAAAAGAAUAUGUUUACCGCAUUAUAGGCACCAUUUCAUAAUUCUUGCACUUCAUCGACGAUGCUAAGAAGUAGUUGCUGAAGUAGAAAGAUAGUGUGUCCCCUCCCUCGUCUAACAUAUCUAAGAGCCUGUUGUACAUUAGAACAAUAAACAUGGCUCCCGGUGAAAGUUCCGAUCGCAACUCUGUCGCCUCCGACUCCGACAGCUGUCCAUCGAGUUUCGACGAUUUCACCGAUUCGGAGGACGACCGGCGGCUGCACGAAAAUGAUUUGAAGACCCGCUCAGAAAAGCUUUUCACGUGGGAGAAGGAGUUCAUGUUGAACGAUGAAAAACACAACUCGGUGAAAAAACAGUACUACAAACGGGAAAAGGAGUUCUUGUGCUUCAAAACAUCAAUCUGCGAAGAUGUUGACAGUUCUAUGAGCCCGGCAGAGUGCCGCGGUCGUGGAGUAUUAAAUCACAUUCGGGAAGACUUACAGUUGAGAGAAAUUCAGUAUGAAGAGCUGGUCGCGAGUAGACAAUCUCCAGGCGAGAAUGGCAAUGGGGCAAAAGAAGCUGAUAAAGCAGGCAGCAACUGCCAGUUCGUGCAGCACAGGACUGCCUUCGAAAAAACCGUUCGGGAAGCAUUGGAAUGUGUUAAAAAGGAGUUGCUGCGGAGGAGACGAAAGGCAGCAGCUGCAACUUCUUCCUCUGCGAGGGCCCCACCAGCAGGCGGACAAGAAGACGUGAAGGACGAGCGGCAGGACGAAGGUGAAGAUACCGAAAAUGGGGAGGCCGCUAGAACAGCCACUCGGGCAAGAAUACGAUAUAUGCUGGCCCGAUCAUUAUAUCGCACCUCCGGCCCGCAGCGGAAUGACGUCGAGAGCAGCGAAAAGGGGCAACGAAGGGAGGACGAAAUUUUUUCGCCCGCGUACAGAUUUGAGUUCGAGCAGAACCAGGACACGAGCACACCAUCAUCUUCAUCACAAGACGAACCCACUGCACCAGCAGGCCGUUCUGAAGAUACAACAACCGCGCCGCUCCGCUGCGACUCAGACUCUCCUCGACGACGACGGCGCAGCCCACGACCCCCGGCAAAAACCUCGUCCGGCGCCUACGCUGCCACCCCGUGUAUCCUGAAAUACAUGGCGGAGUGGGAAAAUUGGUCCUGCAAAGACAAGUGGAAAACACCCGAAGAAUUCCAAAAGCACCACGGCGACACACCGAUCCACAUCACGGAAUUCUUCCCGCCAGAUAGCAACGUGAAACCCUACAAGGUCCGCAUUCCGAUCAAGGACUACAUCAGCUACGCACGCGAGACGCAAGCGGAUUUUCCCUGGUACCCCUUCGAGCGCGACUUCGACACGACCGUGUUUACCAAGAACAACCACGGCGCGAAAAUCGACCAGGAGAACCGGGAGUUUCUCCUCCAGGAUUUCCAACCGCUACCGGAACUCUUCGGCAUCCAGGACGUGUUUGAGCUGACGAGCAGGCUCCGCCACGAAUUCUUUCCCUACUCCUGCCACCGGUUCGUCAUCCUCGGGGGGAAGCGAACCGGCGCGAAUGUCCACCAAGAUCCGCUGCACACCGCGGCGUGGAAUUUACUGCUCGCCGGCCGAAAACGGUGGGUGUUUUUCAAACCGGGGACGGGGGAAAAAGAGAUGCGGCUGCAGAGUGUUUCGAGCAAGACAUCAACUUCUACACAAGCUGACGUUGACGACGGUGCUCGUAGUAGAAUUCCGUCGACGAACAGCAGGAGCUGCAGUAGCACUACGGAUGAAACUGAAAGUUGUAACUCCUAUCAGAAGAAAAAACCUUCCCGUUACAACGACAGCGCUCCGUUCGACUGGUGGGCGGAAGCGUAUCCGAAAAUUAAGGAGGAUAAAACGGUCGAGCUGUACGAAGUCGUGCAAAAUCCCGGCGACACGGUGUACAUUCCCCCGGACUGGUAUCACGCCGUGUUGAAUCUGGACGAUUUCACGGUGGCGUGCACCAGUAACGUGUUGACCGUGAAGAUGCUCUUGAAGAUUCUACAAGCGUACGACGCAGAGGAGAUAAAAUUCUCCGACGCGAUGUUGGAAGAGAUGCAGUUGGGACUGGAGAUCUUGUUGGAAGAGAUUGCCGCGCCCGCACAAAUCGAUAAGGAUAUAAUCAACGAGGAGAUGAUGCAAAGAUCACCAAAAAGAUCGUCAGCCUCCUGUAUUAUGCAGAAGAACAGCUGCCAUGCUGCUGCACACGACGAGAUUACAACGGGUCGACGCGAUUGCCGCGUCCACUAUGGUGGGUCAUAGAAAAGAAAAUAAAACGUGUUUAUGUUGCACCAUUUUUUUUACCUACAGCCCGCGACUUCUGGCCACUGCGGUCCAUGAUCGAAGUUUAUUGAAAAGACAACAAGCAUUUACUUCUACAGCAGUAUGAAGAUGUGUUGCUGUUGCCAUUCCCAUUUCUCGUCUUCGUCAAGUCGC